UUCCCUGUCCUUCUGGGGGUAAUCCUUGCUGCCCUAUGGCAGGUAAACAUACCCCCAUGCAUGGAGGAGCAGCUUCCAGUAUAAUUGCUUUGGUCUGGGGUCUUCCUUAUGUCUUGUGCACUAUCCCAUGCAUCAUUAACCAAGUGGAACAAUGCACCCCAGCCUUACAGGAGGGGUAGGAAGGGUUGGGUGCCCAGAGCUGGCCUUUGCCAGUUCAGGGUUCUGCCCCGCAGCCUGGUGGUUGGAUGCUGGGUGCUUGGGCAGGUUCUUGGGGCCCAGAGAAGGUGCUGAGCCUCAUGUGUGGGCCCUGGGUCUGGUAGGAAGCCCUUCCCUCCCCUCUUCUCACAGCCCACCGUUUCCCAGCGCUGGGCCCUGUUUCUCUGGUCUCCUUGGUGACAAUCUCAUCUCUCCUCGGCUUCUCUCCAGCACCUGAAAAUAGCCUCCGAAAGUGGAGAUGCCUGCUCUCUUCCCUGCUGCCAGCACCCACGAGGGCCAGGCUGGAGCCAGGCUGCUCUGCACAGCACAGCUGUAAGGGCCUGGCCCCAUGGGCCCUUGCACCACUGCGGGAUUUGGGCCAUCCUGUCAGCCAGCACCGAGGCCUCGGCCCCAUCCCUCCUCUUCCUGCCUGCUGUGAGGCAGCACCAGGGAACUCUUUUACCCCACCAUGGGCCAAUAUCCAGCUGCUCCCUGCAGCUAGAUAGAGAGAGCCCUGUCCCUUUGGUCCUGUAGCCACCAACCCUGUAGCUCGCCCGCAGCUGCCCCGGGCCAGCCCGACAGCCUCCCCGAAACAGAAAAUGGAGCCGGGGAGCGGGCAGAGGGCGAGAGGAGGGGGUGGCCCCGUGGCAAGGAAGGAGGUCACCCCACAGGUCGGGCUGCCUCACCGUGGGACCAGCGUGGCCGCGGACAGUGAGCUGCAGCAGGACCCCGGGCAGGGACGGGCAGGGCUGGGCAGCGUCGAGGACAAAGGGUCCGCAUCCACUCAGCCCGUGGCUGGACCCAGCCGUUCUCCACGCUGUGCCCCCCACCCGCGACGGGGCGGGGCAGCACCGGGCAGGCAGGACCGCGUCCCGACGGCGCGGAGUACCGCUCCUGGAGGACGGGGCUGCACGGAGCGGGGUAUCCCUCCGCUCUCUGCCCCCAGCCAUGGCUCCAUCGCCCCUCCAUCGGGUCCCCAGGGCCAGCGUUGUCUCGCGGCCGCGACCACCUACUUCAGCCCGGGGCUGCGGGGUGGCUGCGGGCGCUGCUCGGUGGUGUCGGCUGUGUCCUCCCCCCCCCCCCCGCCCCCCCCGCCGGCGGCGCUGGCGGCGGGGGCAUGGCUGACAUUGCUCACUGACACUCUAUCUGCCAGGGCCACGCCAGCCGCGGGCCCAGAAUAGCAGCGCUGCCCCGCAGAUAGCAUGGAGCGGCUCCGUGGCCCCGCUGCGUCCCAGGUGGCGCUGCUGGAUGCUGCUGCGUGCCCUGAGGAGGAAGGAUUUCCGAAGGCUGUAUGCCCCAGGGAGGAGGAAGAGGAGGAGGAAGAAUACAGGAGACCUGUCACCUUCACACUGGGAAAUGAGAUACUGGGGCUGGGCCCAGAGUCUGAGUUUCAGAACCCUGAUGCUGACGUCUACAUGCACUUCUUGAUGAGCCACUGCUGUUAUGAUGCCAUCCCCACCAGCUGCAAGCUUGUCAUCUUUGACAUCUCCCUGGAGCAGAUCAAGAAAGCCUUUGUGGCACUGGUGGCCAACGGGGUGCGUGCUGCCCCUCUCUGGGACAGCAAGAUGCAGAGCUUUGUGGGGAUGCUCACCAUCACCGACUUCAUCAACAUCCUCCACCGCUACUACCGCUCGCCUCUGGUUCAGAUCUACGAGUUGGAGGAGCACAAGAUUGAGACCUGGAGAGCAGAGGUGUACCUGCAGGGCUCCUUCAAGCCACUAGUCUACAUCUCUCCGAGUGAUAGCCUCUUCGACGCUGUCUACUCCCUGAUCAAGCACAAAAUCCACCGCCUGCCUGUCAUUGAGCCUGUCUCAGGCAAUGUCCUGCACAUCCUGACGCACAAGCGCAUCCUCAAGUUUCUCCACAUCUUUGGUUCUACCAUUCCCAAGCCACACUUCCUGAAGAAAACAGUGCAGGAACUGUGCAUUGGCACCUUCCGUGAUCUGGCCGUUGUGCCCGAGACUGCCCCGAUCUACACUGCCUUGGAGAUUUUUGUGGAUCGCCGUGUCUCCGCCUUGCCUGUCAUCAAUGAUGCUGGGCAAGUGGUUGGCCUGUAUUCCCGGUUUGAUGUCAUUCACCUGGCAGCCCAGAAGACCUACAACAACCUGGACAUCAGUGUGAGGGAGGCACUGCAGCAACGCAGUAUCUGCCUGGAGGGGGUCCUCACCUGCUACCCCCAUGAACCUAUGGAGGACAUAAUUGACCGCAUUGCCAAGGAGCAGGUCCAUCGCCUGGUUCUGGUGGAUGAGAACCGGUACCCGCGGGGCAUCAUCUCCCUCUCUGACAUCCUGCAGGCCCUUGUGCUCACUCCCGCAGGUAUCGAUGCUCUUAACUCUUAGCCCACGACGCUCCAUCUUACUCCACUUGCACCUUUAAUUUCUCUUCACUUCAGGUAGGCACCACCCCACCAUUAUUGUGUGCCUGUCCCUGCCCUGCUGCUGGGUCACCUGCACCUUGUUACCUCCCUGCUCAGGCAACCUGCCUCUGCCCCAUCCAGAGUGGUCCUGGGGGAUGGAGAAGGCUGGGGCUGGGGUCUGGCAGUGCUGGGUGCCCAAGCAGGGACAGCAGGACCCAGAUGUUGCUUGACCCAGGAGUACACAAGGAUCACAGGGCAUCUCUGGUGACUCUGAGGAAGGAUGGGGGCACCUUCAAUGGAGGCACUUUGCCAGAGCCCCAUUCAGGCAGCGUGUGGAAUGCAGGUUUUGCAGGUCCCUGGGCUUUGGACUGGAUGAGGGUUUUGGGGUGUGAUGCACCCCAAGACAAAAGCCUAGUUUUGAUCUCGCCUCAAUUCCCCCCCUGAGACCUAAGCACCUCCAGUGCCAUUCCCAAGGGACACAGAGGGGACAGAUCCCCACUUGCACCCCCAGGCAUGCUGCCCACCACUAGCCAUAUGCAAAAUGUGGCCAACCCCCAGCUGGCAGAGCCCCCCACCCCCUCCACUUGCAGCAGCCCCAAAACUGCCUGCUCCAGAGACAGGGCUCACUCCCAGGUGGCACUGGAAACCAUGCUGCCUGGCCAUGUGCAGCUGGCUCUGCUCACCCACUGCCUGGUGAAUCCUCACUGGCUAUGGGUGGGCAUGGUCCUGGCACCUACUGUGGCACCUCUUUAGGGGUGAAAUGAGGAGGGGGAGCAAGCUCCAGUUCCCAACUGCUUCCCAAAGGUAAUGAUGCUUUUUGGGGUGGUGGUAGGGAAUGGGUUGGGACAGGUCUGUGCCCACCAGUUCCCCCAGCAGUGCCCAGCUGCUCUGCACAGAAGAGGACUGGGAAUGGUGUGUGUUAGCCACACAUGGGAUAUCCCCCUUGCCCCCAUCCCUCCAUUUCCCUAUCAGGUAUCUUCGCUCACCCCAUCCCUGGUGCCCACAGGGGUGGCUAUGUCAGGAGCUGCAGGGAGCCACUGAAAUGUCCCUCUCCAGCCAAGCUGCCCUCCCUCCUACCCCAGGGCUUGCAUACAAGCAAGGAAUGGAGGAAAGACCCCAGUGUCCAUUGGGAUGAGUUGGGGGGACCAUGUCACAGGUGCCCAGUCCAACACUGACUUGGGGUUAUGGUCUUGCACCCUCUUGCCCCACAGGCAUCGACCGAUCCUCACUCUGAAGACACCAAAUGCUGCUCUUGGGGAUCUCUUGCGUGACCUGUGAGAAGGAGGCUUGGGCCUGAAGGCUCUCUGUGGGGAGGACAUGUCUGUUCACCCCAGUCCUAGGGCUCGUCUUGAGUCCAGGGCUAGAUCCUGCCUGUCUUGGAGAGGCAGAAACACUGGAAAUGGGACCCAGGCGUGCCUCCUUCCAGUGAGCACACAGUGAUGCUCAGUGGGCACUGUGCUGGAGGAGAUGCAACAUGCCUGCAGCUGGGCACAGAGACCCGUGUAGCCCCAGAGGACCUGGCCACCCCACUGCCAUCCUGCUGCUGGAUUCGAGCGUUUCUAUUGUGGCUCCCUCCUAGUGAACACAGUCCUGCUGUCUGUGCCCGGUGCCUGGUAGCGCAGGCUCAGCUGCACACACAGGCUUUUUUAUUGUAGGGUCACAUGGGGCUGGAGCUCUCUGGCAGAGGCACAGUCUGUGCCAGAGCUGGCACCAGGAUGGGCACUUGCAUGGAAACCCUGUGCACGUUUUGGGGUGGGCAGGGGCUAUUUAUUUAUUUGUUAGUCUAUUCAGCCUUGCUGUAACAAAGCAGCCUGAUCCAA